AUGGACCGAGACGACGGCGAAGGAGAAGACCGGUUCAUGGGCUGCUUGGGUCUCCGACAAAAUCACGACGUGAAAUCUUCAGAUUCGUUGACUACAUUGGAUAUAUAUGCAUGUACUUGGCCCUUAUUAGGUGAGAUAUUGAGAGUUCGCAAGGCUGGUGAUGCAAAGGACAUGGCCUAGAGAUAAGCAAGAUACGCCAAGGAUUUCACCUAUCAUAAGGCAGGCAAUGUGAAGGACAUGGCCUAAAGAAAAGCAGGAUAUGAAAAGGAUCUCGCUUACGAUAAUGAACGCAAUGCAAAGGAUAUAUCGCCUAGGAGAGGCAAUGCUAAGGAGGCGGCUUAUGAGAAGGCCGUACGCAUGAAGGAUUUGACAUAUGAUGAUAGAAUCUACUCUCUAGUUAUGAUUAAGGCCAGUGAUGCUAAAGACAUGGCCUAUGCAAAACCGGGAGAUGCCAAUUAUAGUGGCCUACGAGAAAGCGGGCCAAGAGCUUAUGAUAAUGUGGGAUCUGUUUAUGGCAAUGAGCAGAAGGCAAGGGAUUCUGGUAACAAGAAAGCUGGUGAUGCUAAAGACUUCGCCUACAAUAAGGCUGGCAAUGCAAAAAGACAUAGCUUAAAAAAGGCACAAGAAGCAAAAGACUUUGCAAACGAAAAGAUGGGUUACGGAUACGACAAAACUGGUUAGGUGGUUAGGAUGGCGACGGACAAAGAGCCGUGAAGGAGCCAAAGAGUGCUAAAGACAUGGUUGCAGGUAAAGCAGAACAUGCAAUGAAGUACGGCAAAGAAAAAAGCAAUGGAUGAUUCAGUUGACUUUAAAGAAGAGACAAGUCACAGAAAGCCAUAGAUGUAGCCGGAGAGAUACGAGACUGUUACGCUGAACUCUAAAAUCAAUUUUGUUAUACAACAAUUCUGAACCUAAAUCCAAAUCUCCUUUCCAAAAUGUAACAAUAAAAUCUUAAAAGAUGAACAAGGAGAAGGGAAAAUAGUAUAUAUA